ACCUACUUGUUUAAAAAAGUAAAAAUGUUUUUUUGAUAUUGGUUUUAUUACUCUACUUUGCUGCCUGAAUAUCACUUCCCCAUUCUCCCUGUAUCUGUCUCUCUCUCUCUUUAGUCUUCUCUGUUUGACUCUUUCUUUCCAAUCCCCCUUCUAUCUCUAUCCGUACAGUUCAAGAUGGUGCGGUCUAUCAGAGAAGAAUGUAGUCAGCUAAGCACCAUACAAGACCUUAAGGACACUGGCUUCGGCCAUCCUCCCCCACGACAUGGACURAAGCUCCUCUUCUGGUUUGCCAAUGACUGCGUGGAGUUCAAUCAACACGGCAACAUGCUGUUACAGUGCAAUCCUGAGAGAGGGGACUUCGGCUUCCACUACUUUGGCAACUUUGAGAAGAUUCUCCCGGUCCUAUUGCGAGACUGCAAGGACCGCAGGGAAAGCUACUUCGAGGUGGGCAACCUGAACACAGAGACCUAUCCCGAAGCCAAGGACCUACCGGACUACGUGAGACAGGACUAUGGGCUUUCCCUGGACUACCGGAGCCAAUGCAACAAGGACCGCAUCAUCAUCAGGCUGAUGCAGGGGGACGUGCAGGGGGACGUGAUGGCCACCUAUGUCACCGAGCACAAGGAGGGCGGCGGCCGGGGGGAGUUUGACGCCGAACGCACCCACCUUGUAAAUCCCGAUUUCAUACAGAUGAUUCAGGAUCCUGAGCUGGGGCUUGCGAAAUUCCUGGACCAGACGCAAAAAUCGGAUGUCAUCUCGUGGGAGUUUGACUCCGAACCCUCAAAACGAUCUCGUCCAGACCAGACAACUUGGGACAAUUUGGUCCGCACCCCUUUGGAUCCGGAGCAGGACGCGACCACGUCCCAGUCGGGACUAUCGCUGAGAAAACGGUGUACCAGAUCCUGCAAAGUCUUUAGCGUCAUCCUAGUGGUUUCCCUGGUCAUCACUUUGACCGUUUUGGCCAUUUUAGGGAAGUUGUAGAGAUAGUAGUCAUUGUAGGCCUUAUGCUGCUGUUUGUUCAUCAGGGUUGGGGCCAGGAAGUAAACUGAAAUUCAAAUGGACAUUUUUCUUAGCGGAAAAGCUUUGAGAAAUUACUAAAUUGAAAUGGACCCCAACCCUGAGGUCCAUAGAUCAUUUCUCAGGGGUAAAUGAAAUAGUUUUAUUUAUUUUUUGUCGGCUAAAUGACUAAAAUGUGAAAUGUACUGUUAAGUUUUUUAAUAUUUUUUUUAAUCAAUAAGAUAUUAUCAGAUUUUUUAUGUGACGAUUUAGAAUCAUAUACAAAGAAGACAAGUUUAAUAAUUUGUCCUUACUUAAACUCUGUGAUACAUUUCUGUUCUUAAUACCAUAGGGAACAGAAACCUCUCUAACACGCACACACACACACACUGUCACGCCCUGACCUUAGAGAACCUUUUAUUUCUCUAU